AUUCGCGCAUGCGUAUUGAAAACCAAAUAACAAAGAUGGCGAGAGUAGCAGAUGUUUAUAGCCGAUAAAUAGCCUUAACAGAAUUAUCACACCAUGAACCACCCUGUAUCUCAUGAAAAUAUUGAGAUAGCAUUAGAAGCAACAGAUGACGUGAUAACGAUUACGCAACACACUGGAGAUGUUGAGAAUAAUUCAAAUAACCCCGAAACACUUUCAUCAGCUGACAAUAGUUCUAGCACGGAUGAGGAUUCCUUAGGCGCUAUGAGAAACGAAGGAAAAUCGGAAAAAAAGUCAAGGAGAGUGUCUUUUCCCGUAGAUGAACGGGUCGUUUCUGGUUAUAUGGAAGCCCCAAACCCAUGGACAGCAGCUGAAAGAUGUUCGACCGAAGAAUUGGUUGAAGCUUAUAAAAGAGCUUGCGAAAAACAAGGCGUGAAGCCAAUAAUCAAGUUGUUGAGUCAACUAAUGGCCGUAUCUGAUUUUUAUGAUAGAAAUGAAACUUUAAGUUUAAGGGGUGAAAAGAUUGAUGUUAAACAUUGCGAAACCUUGGAAGAAAUUCUGAGAAGAGUACAGUUUAGAACCCUUGAUUUGGAAGCAUCUCAUCUUGAGGAUGAGUGUGGUAUUGCAAUUUUUGAUAUGAUUGAAUACUAUGAAUCCGCAAUGCGUUUGAACAUAUCUUACAACCGUCUUGGUCCACGGGGAUGGCAAGCGUGCUCUCGCAUGAUAAAAAAGACACCUUGCCUAGAAACUUUAGAAGCUCGAAAUUGUCAAUUAAAUGAACAAUCCAUACCAUUCUUGGCUAGGACUAUUAGAAUGGGUUGCCAUUUGGCAACAUUACACUUGGAAAAUUCAUCUUUAUCAGGAAGGCCAUUAAUGAUUUUAGUUGCUGCUAUAAAAAUGAACGAGACUUUAAAAGAAUUUUUUCUGGCUGAUAAUCGUUUAAUGCCAAGUGAUGGGAUUCAUCUGGGGAAUAUGCUUAAAUAUAACAAUCAUUUACAAUUGUUAGAUCUCCGCAAUAAUCAUUUACAAGAUACUGGUACCAUUCAUAUUUGUUCUGGUUUAUGUGAACAAACAGUUGAAAAGGGUUUGUUAACUCUAGUUCUUUGGAAUAAUCAGAUUACUUACCAAUCGAUGCCGUCUCUUGCUAGAGCAUUGAUUUUAAGUAAUUGUUUGGAAACAUUAAAUCUUGGGCACAAUAAUAUUGCAAAUGAAGGUAUUCAUCAAUUAAAAGAUGGUUUGCUAAGAAAUCGUAGUUUGUUGCGAAUUGGAUUGCAGGCGGCUAAAAUUUCGUGUGAAGGUGCCAUUGCAUUAGCCGAGUACGUAACAGAAGCUAAGAAAUUAUUACGAAUUGACAUGAGAGAAAACGAUAUAAAGACUGCUGGACUUAUGGCUCUAUCAUUGUCGUUAAAAGUUAGCCAAUCUGUUACUAGACUUGAUUUGGAUAGAGAACCAAAACGUGAAACAAUGAAAGAUUAUGCUGUCCAGCAACGCCGACUUUUAAAUGAUAUUAGUAAUUAUAUGGCACGCAAUAGGGAAUUACAGCAGAAAAGAGAAGAGCAAGAAGAACAAGAGCGAAUAGAGAAAGAGCUUGCUGCCGAAAAAAUACAAGAAGAAGAAAUUGAACAAACUGUAGUAGAGGAACAAGUUAUUCCAGAGAUAAAAGGGCUAAAUAGAUCUCAGUUACAUUUAAAUUUUUCUAGACCUCAUCUUCCUAAUGCAGCUGAAUUAGAAUCACCUGCUUUUGUAACCGAGGAGCACAUGAUUACAUGGAAUUCAGAAAAAAGCCGUUUGCAAACUGUAGCAGAAGAGCCUCCUCAGUCUUCUCAAGUAGAACCGGAAAAAGUGUCCGAAAAUUUUCCUCAGUCUCCCAUGGUCUCUAGCGAUGGACACGCCUGCUUAAAACCUGUUACAGAAAACACAACUCUCUCUCCAACUUUAAGUCCUUCUUCAGCAAAAAAAUUUGUUGUACAUAGGGUUAAAGAUGAAAGCAAUAGCCAUUUAUUAGUUGAACCUCGUCCGGACGAGGAUAAUACAACGAACAAAGGCUGUUCGGACAGUAUUGAUAAUUCAGUAAACAUUCCAAAAGAUGUUGAUUCAUCAAAAGAUAAAAAUGAAUUAUCGGACUCAGAAGACGUUAAGCAAACACCUGCAAAUAAUAUAUCUGAAGGCUCAUCGUAUACGGAUAAAGUGAUUGAAAUGUCUGAAGAAGAUGAUAAACCAAUUGAUACGUCAGAUACGUCACAAUCCGUUGAAAGAGAUUCAAAAAUAGAAAACUUAAUGGAAGAAAUCGUAACUCAACAUACUUUGCUCAACGGAACAUCAGAAGCAGUUAUUUCAAAUUCCGGCGACAAUAAAGAUGACUUCGAAGACGAAUUAAAUGAAAUGUUAGCUCAGGUUGAUAAAAAGUUAUGUAUUGACUCACCUGAAGCCGUCAUGAAUAAAACCAAAGAAAUACUUGAAAGACCUGCAGAGGAUCAAAGUACGUCUUAA